GAGGGGGUAGCGGCAGGAGGAGAGCGGCUCGCCCGCCUAAACCGAGGAGACAGGAAGGUGGUGCUGCAGUUCAUAUCUCAGUGCUUAGAUGUUGUAAGUCAGCUCCUGCCUGCUCAAGCAACCAUGUCAGAAGGGGACAGUAUUGGUGAGUCUGUGCAUGGAAAGCCUUCUGUGGUCUAUAGAUUUUUCUCAAGACUUGGACAGAUCUACCAAUCCUGGUUAGACAAAUCUACUCCAUAUACUGCAGUGCGAUGGAUUGUAACUUUGGGUCUGAGUUUUAUCUACAUGAUUAGAGUUUAUCUACUGCAGGGUUGGUACAUUGUGACAUAUGCCUUGGGAAUCUACCAUCUAAAUCUCUUCAUAGCUUUCUUGUCGCCAAAGGUAGACCCCUCUUUAAUGGAAGAUUCAGAUGAUGGUCCUUCUUUACCUACAAGGCAAAAUGAAGAAUUUCGGCCUUUCAUUAGAAGGCUCCCAGAGUUUAAAUUCUGGCACUCUGCUACUAAAGGAAUCCUGGUUGCUAUGGCAUGUACGUUCUUUGAGGCUUUCAACGUUCCUGUUUUUUGGCCAAUCCUUGUGAUGUACUUCAUUAUGCUUUUUUGUAUCACUAUGAAGAGGCAAAUCAAGCACAUGAUAAAGUACAGAUAUAUACCAUUCACACAUGGCAAGAGGAAAUACAAAGGGAAAGAUGAUGUUGGAAAGACCUUUGCUAGCUAGAAGAUGCAAUCAACCUGUUGACCAGUUCUACUUCUAACUAAAGGAACGAUUUUGAGCCAUUGUAACAAUGCCUUUUUUCUUCAUAAAAAAUGAUUAACAGAGUGGUGACAAAACAGUUAAAUUUUUUUUGUUUUAAAGGAUUGUGCUAUUUUUAUCUGAAAUAUCAGUUUCUUGAAGAAACUGGCAUUCUAACCAAAUUGCAUUGAGUUUGUUGUCUUUUGUAAGCAGUUGGAGAAACUUUGAAUAAUCCCAUAGAUUUGGGAUAAUGUAUUCCAUUCAAGAUCCACUGCACUGGAGCAAUUAAUGGCUUAGAGUUGUGUAUUUUUACAUAGUUCUCCUGCUCAGUAUCACCCUGAAGUGCUGUGCACGUAUCUGGAGGAAAAAUGUACAGUGGCACACGUGAUGCUGUUUUCUGCUUCAUGGCCGUGUGCUAUUUUCAUAGACAAAUUCAGCAGACCUAAAUAGAUACAGAACUUAAGCCAGUUUCCUAAAUGCAUGGUAUUACAGAGUUAUAACCAAACAAAUAUAGAUAGGAAUAAGAAAUCUACAAAAUUAUGGGGUUUGCAGUAGGGAAAAGAUACUCAUAGCUUCUCAAGUAACUCAUUUGUGUUAGGUUUUAAUGCCAGUUUCACCAUGACGUCUCCUCGCAGAUGCUAAAAUUGGGCUCUUUCAUGAUGACUCAAACAUUGUUCAAAAUCACAACUUACUUUGAGGACCUGGAAUUAUAAGAAUAUAUAUUUUAAUUGUUACUAGUUGGAGUUUCUUUCAUACUUAAGAAUUUCUUGAUUAAUUUAAGCUGACUUCAUGCAGCCCCUUCAGAAUAUACACAGACUGGCCACAGCAGAUAAAUGGUGUGGGUUUUAACACAACUUUUCAUUUUCUAUGGGGAAAAAAAAGAAUCCAAGAUAAAUGACCUGCAUGUAAACUUUUUCAUGUGAUACAGCUGCAGUUUUAUUAAGUGAAUUUUUAAUUCCAAAAUUUAUUAAAAGACAGUGUCCCCCUUUACUUGUUUUCUAUCUUUAUAUACAUAUAUUGACCUGACAGUAUGGCUCCUCAAUAAUCGUUACCCUUAAUUUAUCUUCAUGAAAUGCCUUUUUCAACUCUUCAGGGAGUAUUCAGUGGCAGAAAGCAGGAAAAGAUUAGCUCUGAAGAUUCUGCAUGGAGAACAGUGGCAACUUCAACAGACACCAAAGUGGAAAAUACAUGUAGGAACCCUUUCAUUUGAUUAUUGUUGAAUGUAUUUGUUAUGGAGCUCUGGAAUUCACUCUUCAGUAAUCCUGGGUAGUGACAGGUAGUUUUAGUUCACAUUGACCGGUUGCUUUUUGUUUGGUUUUUCAUGUGUUUCAUUAGCGGUGUGGAAACCAGUAAUGGUGAAACUUGAAAUUAUGGAAACACAUUACCAGAAAGGGCCUUAUGAAGUCCCAGUCAUGGGUGCUUGGAGCUUGUUGCCUAAAAAUCUGAAAGCCCCAAGUUGGAGAUGCCGUCUUAGAUUUGCUGGAGUUCCUGAAUAAUAUGGCCAAACUGGGGAAAAAAAAUACGUUUAUUGUGUUGAUCUAUAUCAGCAACUGAGAUGACUCCUAUGUUCAGUCAAUGCCAUCCAUUGCAAAUCAGGCAUUUUUACCUCCACUUGAUUUUGAACGUUAGUGGCAGUUUGAGAUAAACUCCUGCUCAUUCUCAGGUGGGCGAAGGUGCUCUGCAUUCAGUGGGAUUUACACUUUUCAAAUAGGGAUUGUAAGUGGUGCUGGGACAAGGGUGUAGUUCCCUGGCUGACUCAGCAUGCAAGGGCCGCACAAGCUUGAUGGCAUUUUGUUAAACUUUGCUCUAUUUUUAUCACUUGCAAGUGCUAAAAAUAAAUUGCCCUUAUGGAAUGCACAAAAAAACUUGGUUUGGCAACUUCACAGAUGCUUCCCAGUCAUCGUUUCCUGUGUUGUUUACGGUGCAACUGAACGUGUGUUCUUACCAUUCGCUUAGUGGUUUCCUUAGAUAGUCAUGUUUUGAUCUGUGAUAAGGAGCAUUUCUCUCCCACUAUUGCCUUGAUGGUUUUAGGUUGGCAAAGGAUGCCUGAAAGUUUUCUGGUGUACAAAAGGGAUGCUAUUGCAGCUCUGAAGAUCGUGUUUGUACAGUAAUGAAGAAGUGUUUGCAUAGAUACCAGCAAUUGUUUGGGGUUUUUUUUUAAUUUAUAGUUAUAAUGAGAAGUUAAAGUAAUUUGGGGGUGUUUUUGUGAUAACACUUGGAGAUUUAAUGGUUAAGUAGCUGAGCAAGAUCUCUGCAGUACAAAUAACCAUCUUAAAAGAAGUGCUUUUACUGUAGCACAUUUCCCCUGGAACCCCAAGUUCACAUUCAGUGCCAUUUGUGAAAAACUGACUGAAACUGUAACUCACAAUCCACAGUGUGGAUCAUCUGGUGUUUUCUCCCCAUCUGUAUUUAAAGAAUACAAUAAAUCAAUCUUGCACAUUA